AUGGUAAAGAGAAAAUCAGAAGUGCUAGGUGGCAACUCCAGCAUUCAACCACUUCCUCAGAUUAGGAAGAUGGCAACACAACCAGCUACUACUACUAUUGAACUGAGCCCAAAGGAGGCUCAGCUCAAAGACUUGCUUUUAGAUGCCGCUAAAUUCAUAGACAAGUCGAGAACUAUCCGAGAUCAGGUCAUUUUACGAUGGGCUGGCGGCUGGGUUCGCGAUAAACUUUUGGGAAUUGAAUCUCACGACAUCGAUACGGCUAUCAACGUCAUGACCGGGGAGGCUUUCGCACUGAAGCUAUGUGUCAUGUGCCAACAGCCUGAUGCUGUUAAGAAGCAUGGCAUUGAAGAGUCAGAUAUUGGUGGCCUUUAUAAGAUUGCGCGAAAUCCAGAGAAAUCUAAACAUCUUGAGACCACGACAAUCAAGCUCUUCGGAUAUGACGUUGAUUUCGUUAAUCUUCGUAAAGAGACUUACACUCAGGACAGCCGAAAUCCUCAAAUGAAAUUCGGCACCGCUGAAGAAGAUGCACUACGAAGAGAUGCUACUGUUAACGCUCUUUUUUAUAACCUUAACACUGGCAAAGUGGAAGACUUCACGACUGGGCUGACGGACAUGAAGUCGCGACUGAUAAGGACACCGCUAGAGCCAUUCCAGACCUUCAUGGAUGAUCCUCUUCGCGUCCUCAGACUAGUUAGAUUCGCUAGCCGCCUAGAGUUUACUAUCGACCCAACUGCCGAGAAGGUAAUGGGCGACCCUCAGAUCCUUGACGCUUUACGUUUAAAGAUUAGUCGUGAGAGGAUUGGUAUUGAGCUUCAGAAAAUGCUUAAGGGUAACCAUCCUCGAAGGUCUUUAGAAUACAUCAACGAUCUCGGACUUUACCAUACCAUUUUCACAGACCCGUCCAAGCCGGAUAUUCCAAGUCCAGAUAUCUCCAAUUGGAAGGCAGUAUAUGAAUGCCUUGACUCGCUCCGCCAGAACAAGACUCCUGGUUCCAUUUACGACGUUCUCGUACGAUCAGAUGAAGCUGCCUACUAUGCCUGGGUCCUAGUGGCCGUCUGCCCCUGGGAGAAUGUUGAAAACCCUAAGCAUUCUGGCAAGGGCAAAGCGCCGCCACCCUUAGGAACUCUGGCGAUUCGAGAAGGUAUCAAGGCAACCAACAAGCUUUGCGAUCUUGCAACUACCGCUCAUAAUAACAGAACGGAAAUCAUGUCUCUCGUGAAAGCUGUUUCGGAUAAGGCACCCUUCAUCGCAGAAAGGGAUAGGUUCGGAAUGGCAAUCCGGCGUUGGGACUUAAGAGUUGGCCACUGGAGGGUACAGGUUUUGUACGCUUUCCUGGUCGACGUUAUGAAUGUCUUAGGCACAAAGUCAAAAGACCCAGUCAGCGUGGAUGAGCUCCUACGCAAAUGGCAAGCGUUUCUAGAUCAUCUACAAGAACUAGAUAUUAUGGAAGCUCCGUCGCUAGAACGGAUAAUCGAUGGCAAUCAACUCACCAAAGCGCUGGGUGUCAGACCCGGGAAAUGGUUGGCCCGUGCCUUAGAGGUCUGUAUCGCCUGGCAGCUGCGCCAUCCAGAAAAUACGGACCCGGCGGGCGCUGUAAAGGAGGUCCAAAGUAAAAGAGCCGAGCUAGGAAUCCCGAGGAAAAAGAAAAGCAGGUAA